AUGGUCCUCACCAGAGUGUGCGUGGUGCUGUUGAGCCUCGGCCCAAAGAUGGCUGAACAGUUUGAGUGCGGAUGUGCCACGGGACUUAGCAGUGACGGGUUGCUGACCCAUGGCUUCAUUGCUAAGAGAGAGAGGGAGAGGGAGUCUUGUGAGUUAACUUCGGGCUCCUGUGACUGCAAUGGUAAAGGGCUUCCGCCAAGUCAUUUCAGAGCCACGUUUUGGAAUGAAGCGGAUGCUGAAACCUUGCGGCAGCUGGUGGAAGGUGAGCGAUGUGCGCCUUUGAUUGGGACGACUUGCUUCGACAAGAUUGUGAUUCGAGCGGGAAGAAGGAAGCCACAAGGAAGCGUUGCUUGGCUGACGAGGGAAGAAGCAAAGACAGAUGAUCGGUUGAUGGAAGAGCAGGAGCAGCAGCGGCAAGAGAAGUUCAAUCACCUGGUGGAGAACAGUGAGAGCUUGCGAGAUUUGGCGUUCAAGGUGAGCGCGUUGCCAGAGCCACCUGUUAGCUUCACGCCGAUCAAAAGCAACAUUUACCGCUAUUGGGCGCUGGGUGGCAAGAAACGAAGCUGGUUGCACUACUUUGGGCUCCGGCUUCCCGUUGUUUUCUUGAUCCAACUGGUGGCACCCUUUGCGAUUCUGCGGGAAAACUACUUCAAGUGGGAUUUCCACCACUCCCAGAUCCGCUUUGUGGAAUAUGAGUACGGCAGCAACACCCAUGGAGUCUCUCACCUCUUGGGGCGACUACUGGAGUUUUGUUUCAUCUACUGCAUCGGCUUGCAUUCCCUUUCCAUCAUCAAGAAGGCAGCGGAAGAAAAUUCCAUGCUGUCUUCGUUGUUUGAUGAGCUGAAACGCCGGAAGGAUGACACCUCCAACGUGGAUUCCGGAAGAAAAGUGUAUGUGGGGCGAUGGUCGCAGACCUGCCUAUUGCUGGAUUGUGUGAUGAUUUGUUAUGUCAUCACCCUGGGUCUGGUUGAUAUGGUUGCCAUUUUUAGUGACAAUGGAGGCCCAAAGGAUGUGGUCUUCGAUUCUUUGGCAUUGCUCUUCAUUUUUCAUCUCCAUGAGGUUGAAGGAGGCCUCACUUUUGUCAGCAUUCAGGACUUCAACGAACGCCGCGUGGGCGAACUCUGCGCGCGGAUUUCCCAAGCGACGGAUCCGGAAGCGGAGAAACCGGGCGCCCAGGCAACCAUCCAGCAGAAGUUGGCCAAAAAGCGCAUUGUGCUGCGAACCCAGCGACGGUCGGCACUUUUCUUCGUGACAGAGACGUUGAUCUACAUCAUCCUGCUGCUGGUUCCUGUCUUCCAACUCUUCAUCCAGGAUGGCCUACAGGCGCGCAGCAACGCCAUCAGCGAGGGCACUCUGGGGGCGCACAUCGUGCAGGAGGAGGCGGCAACGGGCGGGCUCCACAAAUGGGGAUGGAUCAAAAAUCUGUCUUAG